UUGGGGUGAGUGGAAUUGUUUCUUGGGUCCCAGCUGUACGGUGCUUCUUGCAAGGUGGCUGCGCUGUGGUUUGAAGCAUUCCUCCGCAGAUGUCCAUCUCCAUGCAGAUGACCAACUUGCUACCAUCCAUGAGCUCAGAUUUCCAGCAUUACAGUUUCAGGAUGCCAAACAUUGGAUUCCAGAACCUGCCUCUCAACAUAUACAUUGUGGUCUUUGGCACGGCUAUAUUUGUCUUCAUCCUUAGUUUACUCUUCUGCUGCUAUUUGAUAAGGCUAAGACAUCAAGCCCACAAGGAGCUUUACGCCUACAAACAGGUUAUCCUAAAGGAAAAGGUCAAAGAACUCAAUUUACACGAGAUCUGUGCUGUUUGUUUAGAAGAAUUCAGGCCCAAAGAUGAGCUGGGAAUAUGUCCAUGCAAACAUGCGUUCCAUAGGAAAUGCCUCAUUAAAUGGCUGGAGGUGCGGAAAGUGUGCCCCCUCUGCAACAUGGCCGUCCUGCAGCUGGCCCAGCUCCACAGCAAGCCGGAUCACCCCGGCCCCCCGCAGGAACCCCUGCCCGGGACAGCAAACAUCGUAUAGCUUCCCGCCAGCUGCGCCCUGCUCCUCCCGGACAGACUCCACCGACUCCUGCAGAGACUCGCCAACCUCUGGGCCUGCUGCUCACAGCCUCGGAGGAUCUUCCAGGAUCCCCUUUAUCUCAUGAAAAACGCCCGGGAGGCCCCUGAGGAAGAGGGGUGGAUGCUCCAGCUAGGGACACACCAAGAAAGGCCAGAGCAGCCCCGACGCAGGGAAGUGAGCGAGACUCCAGUUUUGUUUUUCUCUUACCUUUUUUUCUUUUUAUAAAUGCACUUUACCAAGAGACACGAGUAGAGGAGGCGAGCCGCCUGCCUUGGAUUUGGAUCAGGUAGUCAGCAAAGGAGAGAGAGAGUCUCCAAAGCCAAGAUGGGAGACACGGUGGGGAGCAAGCCGGGCACCAUGCAAGAGCCAAGGGGGCAUCUCCAUAUGGACAGGAUGCCCGUGGCGAAAGUGCCCUUUGAUUCCAGCGCCUGGGGGUCAGCUUUUACCAAAUGGUUUGUGGGUCCCAGCGCUGAACAGGGACAAGGGAAUCGUGGUGAGCCAGGAUGGGAAAACCUUUCAGGCAGCCCACGGAAUGGCACUGCAGUUCGCGCGGCCUCUGGACCGGUGAAGGAAUACCUCUAGAUCUUGGAGCCCGUGCCUUCCAGAUGGUGCGUGAGGAGCCAAGCUUGUGAAAAACGAGGGGGGGCUGCCAAACUGUGACCUGGGGGGCCUUGCACACCCACUUGAGCCUCAGAAAGGGAUUCCUCAAUGGCUGCUGAAAAGGGAAGGAGGGAGAAAUAGGUUCCCGCCAAUGCCGGCAACUUAAGGAGAAGUCAAAGGAACGGAUGAGGUCCCGUCCAGCUGAAAAAUUCCCUGAAUGUGACCAUGACGGACAACAGUCGACAGCAUCUCUCUCGUUCCCCAAAUGUGAAUCCCUUUCGAAUCAUUUGCCAGCGCAGAAGUGCGUCCAUGAAACUCGAGUGGAUUUGAUUUUCUUUCUCAAAUGUUAACUGAGACACCUUUGGGCCCUGAACUGGGUGUCUAACACAGUGUUUCUCAACCUUGGCAGCUUGAA